AUGUCCCAUCCCCGUGUAUUUCCCACGCGUCUUUGUCAACACAUACUAACCGUGUCUCAGUCACGCACUCGGCAGCGAGUAGUUAACAAUGAAAAUGACGAGAACAACGCUCUUCAAUCUACACGCUUGACUCGUGCCAAAGCCGCUGUCCUCUCCAAUGCUCAAGAUGCCUCGUUGGCAAAGAAACCGCUCCAGACGAAGAAGUCCACUACGAGUACACUGAAUGGGACUCAGCGAAGACGUGCUUUGGGAGAUGUCACCAACGCCGCCAAGGGCAUCGAGGUAGUCCAAGAAGGGAAGAAGGCAGUGGGCGCCAAAGCUGGGCUCCAAUCCAAGGUCGCACAACCUACCACAGGCGGUGUGCAGAAGCUGUCGAGGACAAACUCAUCAAGAGCUGCAUUGGGAGUCAAGGAUAACAACGUGAAGCCGAAAGCUGGCUCGGACGUGAAGAAGCCUGGCAGUGGUUCGGGGGUUUUGGGAAAUGCUCACAAGAGACGAACUCAAGCCGCGACCUCCACCGUCCCCUCGUCGAAAGACGCGACCCCAGACCUUGAGGAGCCACCGCGCAAAAAGCCGUGUCCUGAGGAAGGCGUCGAGGAAACUCAGGCUGAAGAGACAUACGACAUCGUUGCCGACCUCGACGCAGAAGACAUUGAUGAUCCGUCCAUGUGCGCCGAAUAUGUCCGCGAGAUCUUCGACUACUACUAUGCUUUGGAGGAGGUGACACAGCCCAAUCCCAACUACAUGGACCACCAGGACGACCUCGAAUGGAAGAUGCGAGGUAUCCUUGUCGACUGGCUCAUUGAGGUGCACACUCGAUUUCGGUUGCUGCCCGAGACGCUGUUCCUUGCCGUCAACAUCGUCGAUAGGUUCUUGUCCCAGAAGGUUGUUCCCCUGGACAAACUCCAACUGGUCGGCAUCACCGCCAUGUUCAUUGCCUCCAAGUACGAAGAGGUCCUCUCCCCACACGUUGGCAAUUUUGUCCAUGUCGCCGACGAUGGCUUCACCGUCGAAGAAGUCCUCAGUGCCGAACGAUACACCUUGUCCACCCUGAAGUAUGAUUUGAGUUAUCCCAACCCAAUGAACUUUUUGAGACGCAUCUCAAAGGCCGACAACUACGACAUUCAGACCCGAACUCUGGGAAAGUAUCUGAUGGAGAUCAGCCUCGUCGACCAUCGCUUCCUGGAAUAUAAGCAGAGCCACAUUGCUGCCGCUGCCAUGUAUCUCGCUCGCAUGAUACUUGAACGUGGUGGAUGGGAUGCAACUCUUACCAAGUUUGCCGGCUACAGUGAAGAAGAGAUCUUGCCUGUCUUCGACCUGAUGGUCGAUUAUCUCGUCGCUCCUGUCGCCCACGAGGCUCUGUUUAAGAAAUACGCUAGCAAGAAGUUUCUCAAGGCGUCAAUCAUGGCGAGGAAAUGGGCCAAGGAUUAUGGUGCCAGCCAUCAAACCGAUGGGGUAUCACUCUCCGGCGUCAAGGUUGUACAAUAG